GGUAUAAAAAGGAUUGAUUUUUAGCUUUUUUAUCAUUCUGUUUAAAGUCGUCUAUCAAGCGUUUAUAUUGUCAGCUGUGUUUUGUUUUAUUGUUAAGGACAUCAUCUUUAAAAUUAAUCUCAGUUAUCAUUUAAAUUAAGGAUAUUUCUUGUCAAAAUGCAGAUUUUCGUUAAGACUCUCACUGGUAAAACGAUUACUUUAGAAGUCGAACCAUCAGACACCAUUGAAAAUGUUAAAGCUAAAAUUCAGGACAAAGAAGGUAUUCCUCCGGACCAGCAGCGCUUGAUCUUCGCCGGUAAGCAACUCGAGGACGGGCGCACUCUUUCCGACUACAAUAUUCAGAAAGAAUCUACGCUCCAUCUUGUUUUGCGCCUUCGUGGAGGUAUGCAGAUUUUUGUCAAGACCCUCACGGGUAAGACUAUCACUCUGGAGGUCGAGCCUUCUGACACCAUAGAAAAUGUGAAAGCCAAGAUCCAGGAUAAGGAAGGUAUCCCACCAGAUCAGCAAAGAUUGAUCUUCGCGGGCAAGCAGCUUGAGGAUGGCCGCACCUUAUCUGAUUACAAUAUCCAGAAAGAAUCUACUCUUCACUUAGUCUUGCGUCUGAGAGGUGGUAUGCAGAUUUUUGUUAAGACCUUAACAGGGAAGACUAUCACAUUAGAAGUUGAGCCCUCCGACACCAUUGAAAAUGUAAAGGCCAAGAUUCAGGACAAGGAAGGUAUCCCUCCAGACCAACAGCGUCUCAUCUUUGCUGGUAAGCAGCUUGAAGAUGGCCGUACACUUUCAGACUACAAUAUCCAAAAGGAAUCUACACUACAUUUAGUCCUUCGUCUCCGAGGAGGCAUGCAAAUUUUUGUCAAAACAUUGACUGGCAAGACUAUCACUUUAGAAGUCGAGCCCUCUGAUACCAUUGAAAAUGUUAAAGCUAAAAUACAGGACAAGGAGGGCAUCCCACCUGAUCAGCAGCGUCUCAUCUUUGCUGGGAAGCAACUUGAGGAUGGCCGCACACUGUCUGACUAUAACAUCCAAAAAGAGUCCACACUCCAUCUAGUAUUGCGUCUCCGUGGUGGCAUGCAGAUUUUUGUUAAGACCCUCACUGGCAAAACCAUCACCUUAGAAGUUGAGCCCUCAGACACCAUUGAAAAUGUAAAGGCCAAGAUUCAGGACAAGGAAGGUAUCCCUCCAGACCAACAACGUCUCAUUUUUGCUGGUAAGCAGCUAGAGGAUGGUCGUACGCUUUCAGACUACAAUAUUCAAAAAGAGUCCACCUUACAUCUUGUAUUGCGUCUCCGUGGUGGCAUGCAAAUCUUUGUAAAGACCCUCACUGGCAAAACCAUCACCUUAGAAGUUGAGCCCUCUGACACCAUUGAAAAUGUAAAGGCUAAGAUUCAGGACAAGGAAGGAAUCCCUCCAGACCAACAGCGUCUCAUCUUUGCUGGUAAGCAGCUUGAAGAUGGCCGUACACUUUCAGACUACAAUAUCCAAAAGGAAUCUACACUGCAUUUAGUCCUUCGUCUCCGAGGAGGCAUGCAAAUUUUUGUCAAAACAUUGACUGGCAAGACUAUCACUUUAGAAGUGGAGCCCUCUGAUACCAUUGAAAAUGUUAAAGCUAAAAUACAGGACAAGGAGGGCAUCCCACCUGAUCAGCAGCGUCUCAUCUUUGCUGGGAAGCAACUUGAGGAUGGCCGUACACUGUCUGACUAUAACAUCCAAAAAGAGUCCACACUCCAUCUAGUAUUGCGUCUCCGUGGUGGCAUGCAGAUUUUUGUUAAGACCCUCACUGGCAAAACCAUCACCUUGGAAGUUGAGCCGUCUGACACCAUUGAAAAUGUAAAGGCCAAGAUUCAGGACAAGGAAGGUAUCCCUCCAGACCAACAGCGCCUGAUUUUUGCUGGUAAGCAGUUAGAAGAUGGACGCACCCUUUCUGAUUACAAUAUUCAAAAAGAGUCCACCUUACAUCUUGUAUUGCGUCUCCGUGGUGGCAUGCAAAUCUUCGUAAAAACCCUUACUGGCAAAACCAUCACCUUGGAAGUAGAACCCUCCGACACCAUCGAGAAUGUUAAGGCCAAGAUUCAGGACAAGGAAGGUAUCCCUCCAGACCAACAGCGUCUCAUCUUUGCUGGUAAGCAGCUAGAGGAUGGCCGUACUUUAUCUGAUUAUAAUAUCCAGAAGGAAUCUCUUUGCAUUUGGUGCUUCGCCUUCGUGGUGGUCGUUAAUCAUGACAUUGUAAUGCAACAUCAUUUUUCUGAUAUUUGACUAAACAUAAUGUAACGUAACAUCACCAUUUCUAUUGCAGUAUUUGAUUAAAAUUUUAGCUUGAAA